CUGCCUCUGUAUCCAUGUGAAGUAUAAAAGUGUGUAUUAGUUUUUUGCUUCUUAGGAUAUUCUGACAUGAUUUUGCUUUAAAGCUGUGGUGAUACAAGCACUUAAGAGAGUGCACUUAAGGGAGUAUAACAUUUCUUUCUCUAUGGAUCAACCAAUUCUUCUUCUGCUCUUAUUAAAAUAUUUAUUUAAGGGUGCACAGUGUGUAGAUUGUGACCAAGCGAAAAAGCCUCCUAGAAUAGUUUUGAUGGAGUGGACUGAACUGCCCAAAGGAGAGGAUCCAGACUAUUAUAUUCUGACAUACCAGCAAGCAGAUGCUUUCAGUCAAAAAAAUGUAAGAAACAUUUCUAAAGUUGAACGGAAACCUGUCAGUACUGCAGUUCUGCUCGAGCAAAAUAGGAAGUAUGAUAUUACAAUAGAAUCCCUGAAAAAUGGCCAAAUCUUAAGUGUGAAAUCAUUUAAAACACGUGGAAUUUCAGAAAAUGACAUCAAAAUAUUUGUGACAGCUACUACAGUGUCUUUUAAUUGGAGUACGAUGAUCAAAGAAUUUUCAGUUUCUCUUUUCCUGAAUGGUACUUCUCAGAUUAUAAAAAGACCCAGUGGAUUCUUUGUAUGGAGAAAUUUGACACCAGCUACCAUUUAUACAUUUAAGUUUAUAUUUGAACAAUUAAAUCCUGAAUUUGUAAAUGUGUCUCAAUCACUGGAUAUUCAAGCUGAAACAGGAACCUGUUCCAAAGGGUGGGUGGCAUUCCAGAGCAGCUGCUACCAAAUGGGAAAGGAGAGCAAGCCAUGGAAGGUGGCACAACAAACCUGUGAAACCUCCUCACAAGGGGCACAUCUUCUUGACAUAGGGAGUGAGGAAGAACAUGGGUUUGUGUUGUCAUAUCUCCAGAAAAUUAGUCGAAUAAUCAUGUUAUGGACAGGUCUUAAUGACCUAAAGGAAGAAGGUCAGCUUGUGUGGACAGAUGGAUCUCCUUAUCUUCUAAAAGAUGGUAUCUCGUCUCUAUCAAUGAUACCAGAAAAUCAAACUGACUGCUAUGCCCUUCAGAAAGAUCCCACUGGCCCAGACUAUUUUUUCACAGGAUUUUUCUGCUAUGUCCAGCUACCAUAUAUUUGUGAAUAUGAAUUACCUGUGGUACCAGAAAACUUCAUGUUUGAUGUGCAUGAUGUCAAGACAACUGAAGCUGUAUUUGUGUGGAGCAGUAUGGACAUGUGGCUUAAGUCAAGCUUUGCACUUAUACUUAAGUACUAUUUUGAUCAGUGGAAACCAUACAUUCUGAACUUGCCUGUGAAUACAACUCAAACAAAAAUUGGGCAGCUGUCUCCAGGCCUUCACUAUAGUUUCUUAUUAGCAGCAAGGAACCCAGAAGGAGCACAGACUAGCUUAAGUCCAGUUGUGAAGGUAGAAACAAGGCCCUUGCAUUCCCAGAAGUUAGAGGCUACGUAUGUUUCAUCUACAGAAAUCCAUUUAAAAUGGAAGCCUCCCCAGCAUUCAUACAGUGUUUCUUUUCACCACUACCUGGUCAACAUAUUGGAUACUGAAACCAACAUCUGGGAACAGUUACCAGUUGAAAAAAGCAAGACUUCAAUAGUCAUACAAAAUAGAAAACCUUAUCACCAGUAUCAGUUAUAUUUACAGAAUGUCGCAGAGGAAGGCACUCUAAGCUGCCACGAGAAACCUAUACUAAUCACAACAGCUGUCAGUCCACCUACAGCUGUUUAUAUUUACCCAGAGGAUGUAGAAGAAGAGAGUGUAAUCCUUCACUGGAAGCUGCCACAAGAGUGUCAGGAAUCCUACAUUCAAGUGAAACCUAAUGCAGGCAUUGGUGAAACAAAGAAGUUUUUAUUAAGUAAUAAAGAAGAAUUAAAGGUUGAAGAUCUAACUCCGGGAAUGGCUUAUGAAAUAGCAGUAGCAAGUGUGAAAAAUGGAACUAGGAGUGAACUGAAGACCAUUCAAUGCACUUUAAAGCCCAAGCCUGUUCAAAUUGCAGUUCCUUAUGAGCUCCAUAGCAAUGCUGUGGUACUGUUUGUUCGCAUGCCCGAUGUCGGAGUAUUUGAUGGCAUAUAUGUUACAAGUAAAGAAGGACCUAAUGCAACAUUCAUUUUAAAAAGUGAUGGUAAAAUAACAAUUGAGAACCUCACUGCAGGAAGACAAUAUGAUUUCUGUGUCUCCACAAAAAGUGGAAAAAUGUUGAGCUCCUUUUACCAUAUAAAUGGUGUAAAAACCUGUCUGGCAGCUCCCCUGAAUGUACGAGAGGGUGAUGUCACUGACACUUCCAUCCAGGUCUUGUGGGACGGCGCUGAUGGAGAUUUCGAGCAGUACGAGGUUACCUGUACUAAUUGUGCAGGUGCUUUCAAGGUCCAGAAGGUCAAGCAAGAAACAGCAACAUUUUCCAACCUCAGUCCUGGUAAGCUGUACAGUUUUGCAAUUCGAACAGAGAAGGAAGGUUUCAGAGACAGUGUUUUUGUGACAAAAGAAAUAGACACAGCACCAAGUGCAGUCAAAUAUCUGAACUGUAGCAGAGACUCUGAAUCAAUAACUGUUACCUGGCUCCCAGCCCAAAGUAUGUUUGAUGGAUAUGUUCUUUCAAUAAACAGUAAGGUCUUUGAUGAGAAGAAAAUUUUACCUUCUGGUGUGAGAAUGCACAAAUUUGAGCAUCUUCUGCCGGGCACUGAUUUCUUAAUCAAUAUUGUGGCAACCAAUGGAUUAAAAAGAAGUCUUCCUACUGUCCUCAAGAUUAGCACCUAUCCUGACCCACCAUCAGAUUUACAAGUGUUUGGACAAGAAGAAAAUACAGUCUAUUUUUCUUGGAAACUCCCAAGAGGAGGAUUUGAUAUGUUUCAGCUUUCAUAUUGUCUGAUGAAUAAUGAAAAGCUGCUUACCAGGACUAUUUAUGACAGCAGAGCUGUAGUGAAAAAUCUGACCCCUGGGACAGAAUACAUUUUUCAGUUAAGGACAGUUAAAGGCUUGGAUUCCUCUGUGGCUGUGGAGAAAAAAGUCUUCACAAAACCUGCUGGGAUAUGCGGUCUGAUAUUAAAAAUGGUAAAUACUUCCUCUGCAACUGUAAUGUGGAAUCCAACCAAGACUAACUUCACUUCUUAUAAAGCAUCUUUAUCCAACAACACCUUCAUUAAAAAGUUCAGAAUUCCAGGAACAGUGACUGACUUCAGUGUUACAGACCUGAUGGCUGGGAGCAUUUACAAUUUCACGCUGAAAAGACUAAAAGGAAAUAUUGAAGGAGUUUCUGCUUUCCUUGAAUUUAUAACAGAACCUGCAAAGCCAGAAGGUCUUAAAUUCUUCAAUGUUUCGUCAUAUUAUUUUUCACUGUAUUGGAGACUACCGUAUGGACUUGUAGACAGAUUUCAUGUGGCUCUUGUUCCUGAUCAUGCUUCUGUUGUUAUCCUAGAUCUUGGAGUUAGGGAGUAUCAAGCUGAUUUUUCCAAUACUAUUCCUGGAACAACAUACAAUGUUACAGUUUCUUCAGUUUCUUCUUCAGUCUACAGUUCACCUGCAAGUAGAACUGUGACAACAAAUGUGACAAAUCCUGGGCCACCUGUGUUCCUUGCAGGUGAAAGAGUGGGUUCUGCUGGGAUUCUGCUGUCAUGGAACACACCACUCUAUCCAAAUGGGAGAAUUCUAUCCUAUGUUGUUAAAUAUAAAGAAGUCUGCCCGUGGAUGCAAACAGCUUAUACGCAGGUCACAACAAAGCCAGACAGUUUGGAAGUUCUUCUCACCAGUCUUAACCCUGGAACAACUUAUGAAAUUAUGGUUGCUGCUGAGAACAGUGCUGGUAUUGGAGUGUUUAGUGAUCCUUUCCUUUUCCAGACUGCAGAAAGUGCUCCAGGUAAAGUAGUGAAUCUCACAGUUGAAGCCUUAAAUUCUUCAGCUGUAAAUCUGAUCUGGUUUCUCCCUCGGCAACCAAAUGGAAAGAUAACUAGUUUCAAGAUUAGUGUGAAACAUGCAAGAAGUGGAAUUGUAGUGAAAGAUGUCUUGGUUAAAGUAGAGGACCUUCUGUCUGGGAGGUUACCAGAAUGUAAUGAUAAGAGUGAAUCUUUUUUGUGGAGUACUACCACUCCUUCAACUACUUUUGGGAAAUCCACGAGUCUUUCAGGGACUACAGUGACACCAAGUACAGAGGCAGCAAGUCAGAUGAGCUCUGUUUGGAGUGAACCGAUCAGCUUUGUUGUAACUCACCUCAGGCCAUACACCACCUAUCUUUUUGAAGUCUCUGCAGUUACCACUGAAGCAGGCUACAUUGACAGUGCAAUUGUCCGGACACCAGAAUCAGUUCCAGAAGACCCACCACAGAAUUUAGCCAAGAGCAACAUUACAGCAAAGUCUUUCUCAGUAAUGUGGGACCCACCAACCAUAAUAACAGGGAAAUUCAGUUACAGAGUUGAGCUGUAUGGACCAUCUGGUCAUGUUCUAGAUAACAGUACAAGAGACCUCAAGUUUGUGUUUAGUAACCUUGUGCCGUUUACAAUGUACGACGUGUUCGUCAGCGCUGAGACAAGUGCUGGGGUGGGGCCAAAGAGCAACCUCACAGUUUUCACUCCUGCAGAUGUCCCAGGUGCUGUAUCAGAUUUACAACUAGCAGAAGUGGAAGCCACAUAUAUAAAAAUUACUUGGAGGAAGCCACAACAACCAAAUGGAAUCAUUACCCAGUACAGAGUUAAAGUACACGUGCAGGAAACACUCGUCACUCUGGAAAACACUAUUCUUGGAGAUAAAAAUAAGUAUCUGGUUGAUUCAUUGGAACGAUAUGCAAUAAAUGAAAAUAUCAAACCUUCUUCUCCCCCUUGGAAUUCAAUGGAAGCAGACAAUGAUUUAUAUGAAGGUUCAGCUGAAAUGUUUUCCAGCAUUCAGACAGCUUCCCCGGUAAUAUUUACAAGUGUAUCUGGUGAUAAUUUGCCUGAUAUAAAUGGAGCUACAGGACUACAUUCUGCUUUGGAUAAUCAAUAUAACAUUGAUAUUUUGGCUGAAGAAGUGUCAUAUGUUAUAGAGGGCCUCACACCUUUCACAGAUUACACAAUUAGUGUGUCUGCUUUCACUGCUGUUGGAGAAGGACCACCAUCAGUUCUUACAGUCAGGACAAGUGAACAAGUCCCAAGCUCAGUGCAAAAUAUAUUUUACAAGAAUAUUAGCUCCUCCUCUGUCUUGCUAUAUUGGGAUCCUCCAGCAAAUCCCAAUGGAAAAAUAAUUCAUUAUACUGUUUACGCUGUGGAACUGGAUACAAAAAGAGCAUUUCAUGAAACAACUUCAAACAACAGCUUACUUAUGACAGGUUUAAAAAAGUACACAAAUUAUAAAAUGAGAGUCACAGCCUCUACUGCAGUUGGAGAAAGUGCUUUGUCUGAAGAGAAUGAUGUGUUUGUGCGCACCCCUGAGGACGAACCAGACUCCCCACCUCAAAACUUAGAAUUAAUAAAUGUAACUGCAACAGAAAUAAAUCUGAGAUGGUUACCACCUGAGCAGCCUAAUGGUGUCAUAACUCACUAUGAAGUUCUGUACAGUGAUUCCAAUGAUUUUUUAAUCAAAAAUGCCUCAUCUACAAGUAUAUCACUAAGUGAAAUGAAGCCAUAUACUCUCUACAACAUCUCAGUAAGAGCAUUCACCAGACUUGGCUAUGGGAAUCAGUCAUCUUUUCCACUUCUGGUCAGAACUUCUGAAACUGUUCCUGCUUCUGCACCAGAAAACAUAACCUAUAGGAACAUCUCAUCUAUGGAAAUUGAAUUGUCAUUUUUUCCACCAUCCAUUCCCAAUGGAGUCAUACAGACCUACACAAUAUAUCUCAUGAGGACUAAUGGGACUGAGCAAAGAGUUAUUAACACUACCUUUCUGACACUACGUAUUACAGAUUUAAGUAAAUAUACAGAAUAUACUGCAGAAGUGUCUGCUAGUACCACAAUGGGGGAGGGUGUUCGUAGUUCACCUCUGCAUAUACUAACUGAUGAAGAUGCUCCAAGUUCUCCUCCACAAGCCCUCUCUGUAAAACAGUUGUUGGGUGUCACUGUGAAGUUGUCAUGGAAACCUCCUCUGGAGCCAAAUGGAAUUAUCCUCUAUUACACAGUUUGUGUCUGGAAUAAAAUGUCAAAGAGGAGUGUAAAUGUAACAGAAACAUCACUGGAAUUCACAGACCUAGAAUAUAACUAUGAGUAUAAUGCUUACCUAACAGCAAGUACAAGAUUUGGAGACGGCAACAUAAAAAGUGACACUAUAACAUUCAGAACUUCUGAAGGAGCACCAAGUGAUCCACCGAAAGAUGUUACAUACAGAAACCUUUCUUCCACAUCAAUAAUGCUAUUCUGGUCUCCUCCUCAAAAGCCUAAUGGAAAUAUACUGUACUACUCAGUUUAUUUCAAAAACAAUUCAGGAAUAUUCAUACAGAAUUUCACAAGUUAUGGUAAUGACAGCAACCUCAGUGCGUCUCCAUUUGUAGUGCUGGAUGACUUGGCAAAAUACAGCCAUUAUACUUUAUGGUUAACUGCAAGCACAGCAUUUGGAGAUGGAAACAAAACCAGUGAAAAAAUAGAUGUGUAUACAGAUCAGGAUAUCCCAGAAGGUUUUGUUGAAAAUCUGAUCUAUCAAAACAUUUCCUCAUCUUCUGUAAAUGUAAGCUGGCUUCCACCAUCCCAGCCAAAUGGCUUAGUCUUCUUUCAUGUUUCUCUAAGUUUAAUGCAACUGGGAACCAGUAAGAUAUUAUCUUUCCAUACUUACAACACAAGCAUAAUUUUUGAUGAUCUGGAGAAAUACACUGAUUACAUUCUGAAAAUCACACCAGCCACUGAUAAAGGAGCUUCUGAACGGCAUACUCUAAAUCUUCAUAUAAGAACUGAUGAAGAUGUCCCAGAAUCAGCGCCUGUAAUGAAAACAUUUUCAAAUCUCUCAACUACCUCAGUUAUGCUUUCAUGGGACCCUCCUGUUAAGCCAAAUGGUAUUAUAAUACAUUAUGAUUUAAAUCUAUUUGGGCCAGAAAGGAAUAACUCAUUCUCUACCACAAAUAAUUUUAUAAUUUUGGAAGACCUUCUGCCAUUCACAUUGUACAGCAUUUAUGCAGCUGCCAGAACAAUAAAAGGACCUGGUCCAUCUGCUUUUCUUCAGUUCUACACAGAUGAGUCAGUGCCAUUAGCUCCACCCCAGAAUUUGACCAUUAUCAACUACACCGCAGAUUCUGUGUGGCUAAAAUGGGAUCCAAGUCCCCAGUCAAAUGGUGUUAUUAUGAGAUAUAAUUUUAAGAUUUAUCAAAACAACACUGAAAAACUAUAUUUUUGGAACAUUUCAGGUUCAAACCAUGAGGCAAACAUUGUUGGAUUAGAACCAUACAGUCCCUAUUUUAUCAGUGUCUCUGCAUUUACCAAGCUUGGGAAUGGCAAUCAGUUCAGUAAUGCUGUCCAAUUUACAACAAUGGAAUCAGUGCCAGAUGCUGUACAGAACAUUCGUUGUAUCGCAAUGAGUUGGCAAUCGAUCCUAGUGCAGUGGGACCCUCCUGCUUCAGCCAAUGGCAUAAUUACACAUUACAUCAUAGCAAUUGAAGGAAAUUCUACAAAUUUUUCAUCUUAUGAUACACUGCAUACUUUUAGAAAUCUGCUUUCCAACGUUACUUAUCAAAUAAAAAUAAAAGCUGCAACAUCUGCUGGUGAUGGUGAAGAACAGAUAUGCAAUGCCAGUACACUUCCAGAAAAAGUUCCUAGUGCUCCCAGGGAUAUUGUUUUUUCCAAUGUGCAAUCAACAAGUGUGACCUUGCAUUGGAGAUCACCAAAAUCUAUCCUUGGCUACUUUCAAAACUACAAGAUUACCACACAGCUACAAUCCAUCCACUGCAGUGACUGGGAGGCUAUGGAAUGUAUUGAAUAUGAGAAGCGUCAGUAUUUAUAUGAAAAUGUCCUGGAUGACUGGAUAGAAGACACAGUGUAUGGACUGAAAAAAUACAGAUGGUACAGAUUUGCUGUUGCUGCCAGUACAAAUGUUGGUUAUGGCAGUUCUUCACCUUGGAUUUCAACUCAAACCCUUCCUGGCUCUCCAGAUGGUCCUCCAGAAAAUGUGACUGUUGUAGCUACAUCUCCUCACAGUAUUAAUGUCAGCUGGAGUGAACCUGCCAUCAUUACAGGACCAACAAGCUACCUCAUAGAUGUUACCUCAGUGGAUAAUGACAACUAUAAAGCUCAGUUUUUGAAGACAAAUGAGGAGGAUAAAAUGUUAGAAAUUUCUGAUUUGAAAGCAUUUACAAGGUAUUCUGUAGUGAUCAUUGCCUUUACGGGGGAUGUUAAUGCUGCACUCCUAGAAGGCAAGCCUAGUUCCCCUGUAAUUGUCUCCACUUUUGAAGCAGUGCCUGAAGACCCACCUAACAACAUAACUUUUCAGAAGAUACCAGAUGAAGUAACAAAAUUCCAAGUAACAUUUGUGCCACCAUCUGAACCAAAUGGAAAUAUUCAAGUGUAUCAAGCUAUGGUUUACAAUGAAGAUGACCCUGCUGCCAUCCAGAUCCACAACCUUAGUGUCAUUAAAAAAAAAGAUCAGUCAGUCACUGCCAUGAUAGAAGGACUAAAAGGAGGACAUACCUAUAAUGUCAGCGUGUAUGCAAUUAAUGGUGCUGGUGCAGGGCCAAAAAUUCAAUUGAAAAUAACCAUGGAUAUCAAAGAACCGCCAAGGCCCAAAAAGAAACCAGCACCAGUUUAUGAUACCAGUGGAGCGUUACUUGUCACAGAUACAACAAUUACAAUCAGAAUGCCAAUAUGUUAUUACAGUGAUGAUCAUGGCCCUAUCAAGAAGAUACAAGUUCUUGUUGCAGAAGCUGGAGCUCAGCAUGAUGGGAAUGUUACCAAGUGGUAUGAUGCCUACUUCAACAGACCAAGGCCAUAUUUUACAAAUGAAGGCUUUCCAAAUCCACCAUGCAUAGAAGGAAAAGAAGAUCUGAGUGGGAAAGAAGAGAUAUAUGUCAUAGGUGCUGAUACUACAUGUCUGAUACCAGGCAGCCAAGACAAAAUAUGUAAUGGCCCACUGAAACCAAGAAGGCAGUACCUAUUUAAGUUCAGAGCAACUAAUAUUAAAGGGCAGUUUACAGAUUCUGACUAUUCUGACCCUGUCAAAACAUUAGGUGAAGGACUGACAGGAAGAUCUGUAGAAGUUGUCCUUGCUGUUACUUUGUGCAUACUUUCAGUUGUUCUUUUGGUGGCUGCAGUAUAUGCUUUCGCAAGAAUUCGGCAAAAGCAAAAAGAGGGAGGCACAUACUCCCCACGAGAUGCUGAAAUUAUUGACACGAAAUUCAAACUAGAUCAGCUGAUCACUGUGGCAGACCUGGAGCUGAAGGAUGAGAGAUUUACACGAUACUCUUCAUUUUUCUUUAGACGCAAGGAGAUUUUUGUCAUCCAGUUACUUAGUUAUAGAAAAUCCAUCAAGCCAAUAAGCAAGAAAUCCUUUGUACAACACGUUGAAGAGCUUUGCACAAACAACAACCUAAAGUUUCAGGAAGAAUUUUCGGAACUUCCCAAGUUUCUUGAAGACCUUGCUUCAACAGAUGCUGAUCUGCCUUGGAACAGGUCUAAGAAUCGUUUCCCAAACAUAAAGCCAUAUAAUAACAACAGAGUAAAGCUGAUGCCUGAUGCUGGUAUUCCUGGAUCUGACUACAUUAAUGCCAGCUAUGUGUCUGGCUAUUUAUGUCCAAACGAGUUUAUUGCAACUCAGGGACCUUUACCAGGAACAGUGGGUGAUUUCUGGAGAAUGGUGUGGGAGACAAGAGCUAAAACACUUGUGAUGCUCACACAAUGUUUUGAAAAAGGACGUAUAAGAUGUCAUCAGUACUGGCCAGAAGAUAAUAAACCAGUGACUGUGUUUGGGGAUAUAGUGAUUACUAAAUUGAUGGAAGAUAUUCAAAUAGAUUGGACCAUCAGAGACCUAAAAAUUGAAAGGCAUGGAGACUGCAUGAUGGUGCGGCAGUGUAACUUCACUUCUUGGCCAGAACAUGGAGUCCCCGAAACUACUGCACCAAUUAUCCAUUUUGUAAAACUCAUCCGUGCAAGUCGAGCACAUGAUAGCACACCCAUGGUGGUUCACUGCAGUGCUGGUGUUGGAAGAACAGGUGUUUAUAUUGCACUUGACCAUUUAACCCAACAUGUAAAUGACCAUGAUUUUGUGGACAUCUAUGGACUUGUAGCUGAGCUAAGAAGUGAAAGGAUGUGUAUGGUACAAAACCUGGCACAAUAUAUAUUUUUACAUCAAUGUGUAUUGGAUCUGUUGACAACUAAGGGAAGUAGUCAGCCCUUAUGUUUUGUAAAUUAUUCAGCACUGCAAAAGAUGGACUCUCUGGAUGCCAUGGAAGGUGAUGUGGAGCUUGAAUGGGAAGAAACAACCAUGUAAAUACUAGGAGUAAAUAUUACAGAAAAGGAGAUUUUGAAAAUCAAAGUAAUAUUUUUCUAAGCACAGGGGCCAAAGCGAAUUCCCCUAUUUUGUUGAUUAAAGGAAACACAGAUGAUUGAGACAUCUUUUCUUCUAUCAAGGUGCCUUCAUAAAUAAGUUAAAGUAUUUUACUCAGAACACUGAGCAAUAAUGGUUUGGAGUACUUUUGCACACACUGCACUUCUGGUGUUACAUAAAUAGUGCAUUCACUAUGUAUUUAAAGUGUAUUUGAACACAUUCCUUUUUUCCAAACUAUCUUUGUAAAAAGAAAAAUGAGCCAAAUAGAAUGUAAAAAAUUAAUAUUUCUAUUGAACCUACUUUGGUGUGAAUUUGCUGUGUUCUGUAUGGUUUUGUUUUAAGUAAAAGCUAAGGUUUCUUUACUCAUUCUUGAUAGAUUGGCUUCAGUGUUGUCAGUUCUUGCAGAUUAAUUCCAGGACCAUCACAAUGAUCUUCACCUAACUGUAUGUUCUUGUGUUUUGAAUAUUUUUUUUUACAAGAGGUAGUACAUCAGCUCAUGAUCCUGAACAGCUGAAGAGUCACCUUCUGACAUGGGGAGGAUUAUUCAGCUUUUACACAGUACACAGUAGCUCUUCAGGGACACUUGGGGCUAUUUAAACUAUUUUAUAAUCAGCAGGUUGGGUUUUUUUCAAAUACAUAAUGAUGAUUGCAUAUGUUCUGUGCAGAAAAAAAGUGGUUUACAUUCCUGCUACUUUUUCAAGCAGAUAAAACAAAGUAAAACUAUAAAUCUGUUAUCUGUUAUAAUAAAUGCUAGAUCGACUUAUGUAAUAGAAUGUUUAGAAUUCAUUCACUUUUCUUGAAUAUAACACUAUUCAGCAUUUUGAAAGGUUGCUCAAAAUUUAAUAUCAAUGUAUUUUAUAACACCGUUGUCAAGUAAAGAGUUUUCGCACUUUCCUCAGAUUUGGCAAAUCACUGCAGACACUGAAAAUUAUGGGAGCUAAUACCUAGAGAUUUAAUAAAUGAAAAAAAUCUUCCACUCCCAAUGAUGAUGAUAUGAUGAUUAUUGCUAUUAUUGUAAAUAGAUCUGAAACAGAAAUGAGAGAAUCAGGAAGCUUUUAUCUGAGAAGAAAAGCAAAAAUUAGUAGAUUAGGAAAACUAGAGAAAUAAUGAAACUGUGUGCCCUGGUUUCACAUGGAAGUGACAGUUUUCAAUUGGUAUUAUUGGGUAAAAGGGUUAAUUGCUAAGUUUUUCUCAGGUAAAAAAAAAUGUAUGAUCAUUCUGAAUAACAAUGAAGCUGUGACCUUAAUAUGAGAUGCAAAACAUAAUAGCAAAGAGACUUUGGAACUGCCAUCUUAUAUUGUGUUUAGACAGAAGAAAUCAAAGCUGUCUUGUUGAGGCAUCAAGCUCAGGGAAGUCAGACAAAACUCUUUAGAGCCCUGAAAUUUGUAUGUGAGGGGCUGUUCUUAUGUGCACACACUCUAAACAGAAUAGCCAAUGAACAAAAAUUUCCAUUUCUUCACUGUAGCUUCCAGACAGAAAAUGCUAUGCAAAAGGUAACAUGGUACUUUUUCUAAAUGAUGGUAGUUUUAGAAACUGGCAAGGAUGGCACAGUGCAGACCCUUUUUAAUUUUGAAGAAAGUGCCAAAUACCUAAAAUGGAAAUUGAAAGACAGCAUUUAAGGAGGUAGAAGUGGUCUACAGAGAUAUUUGGGCAAUCUGUCUUUUAGGAAGAUCAACGGUAUUGUAAACAUCACCUGUCAAGCUAAAAAGAAAACAAUGCCUUUUAAAGCUUGGUAGGGGGAGAGAGAGGUGAUGUCCACAGCUGUUCAAGUCUCUGGCAAAGCAUUCGGUGCAGCUCUAGUUUCAUUUGGUUCCUAUGAAACAUGUGUUCUUCAUUUAUUAUAUAUGUACUUUAAAGUAUUCUGACAAAUUGCUUAUAGGGACUUACAGAUGUUUUUCAUGAUUUGUAGUUGUACUUGGUAGCAAUACAGGGAGCACUGUGAUAAAUUGACAUUAUAGAGUCAUAAUCUUGUAUAGUCUUAUAUCUACAAUGAUCUGGAGGAAAAUCUAAGCCUUAUGCAACUUAGGGAUGAACUCCAGAAGUUCUAAAUGUGCUUAAGUGUUCUCUGGCUUUAAUAAAAUACUUAAUGGUGAAGAUUCUAUGCAGUCCUUUAGGGGACCUGCCUAUUGGUGCACUGUGGGUUACACUGCAUUCAGAAACCUGCCUGUCUGACAGAAAACGGGACUCCCCUUUCUCUAUGAAAAGUAAUUCAAGUACUUUACUGUACAAUUUGACUUAAGCAGUGAUAUAUGCCACCUUGACGCAUUUUGCAUUGUCUCCAGGAUAAAAGAUAAUAUUCAGCAUAAACUGGCCACAGGUACAUGGUCAGGGAAAGAAGUAUCUCCAAGCAAUUCUCUCCAAGUACUGGCUUUUAGUACAAACACAGCAGUAGUUUGAACCUUAUUGUGUGUCUGCCAGUGCUUUACAGGGAUAGAGGAGCAUCCAUAUAUCAAGAAAUUCCUCCAGACCUCAGCUCAGUUAUGAUGGAACAAUUUCUACAUAGUCUCUUGUCUUCCAUUCCUCCUUCCCUUUUGAAACAACCCUUCCCUAUGGCAGUGCCUCUGACAGCACUGCAGAGCUGGAAUCAAGCAGAAUUUGUCCAUUUGCUAUUUUAAGAAUAUAUCUAUAUCUAUCUAUCUAUCUAUCUAUCUAUCUAUCUAUCUAUCUAUCUAUCUUAAAUGACCCAUCCAUUCAUUUUUAAUGUCACCACUCAAUUUUCUACAAAUUCUUGGCACUACUAAUAUAGCAAGAGAGAGUAUUCUGCCAAAAUUAGAAAUUGAAUGAAUAAAAAUUGGAGAAAAAAAAUCAGAAAUUCUACAGGAUUAUUGAAAUUAGGUCACACUGUAUUAAAUUAUCUGGGAAAUUUCCAGAGCCAUACAUAUAUAUAUAUGUAUUUAUAGCCAGUUCUGGUGGACAUCCUUACGAGAGACUACCCUCAGUGCCCUUAAAAUACUGACUUGUUCUGUUCACAAAUGUAACAGAAAUAGAGCAGAACAUUAAGUUCAUGUUGAAUUGAAAGCACUUCUUAUACUGUUAAAAGAGUUGAUAAAAAUAAUUGUGAGUUCAAUUGUAAUUUUACUGCAUAUAUGGAGCUAUUAAAGGAUUUAAUUUCUUAACAUUAUGUGAAAGAUUAAUAACGUGAAUUAAUCUGUGUAGUACCAUCUAUGUAUUGCUGCAUUAUAGAGUAUGAUCAUAAGCAGUUACUAAAAAAAGACAGCAAAGAACAAUGAGUCAAUCAUACCUCAUACUAAGGUAGCACGACAGGGAGCUUUCUUGGUUGCACACAGAAAUUGAAAAACAACCUAGAUGUGGAUAUGAAUUUGCUGAGAUUCAGGAUACAAACCCCUAUGAAGUCUGUGAACAGAGGAGAUUUUUUCUGAAAAUGUUUUAACAGGAGGUUAAAAUAUAAUUAGAGAAGUACCUGUUUCAGAGGGCUACAUAUGUGUUAAGCAUAACACAAGAUCAUUGUCUGUCCAUGGAAAUAUCCAGUAAAAAUAGAUCCAAAAUAAUUUUUCCUUUAAGACAUAUGACAAAUAUUUAAUUAGCCACUGGUUUAGAGGAUAUGCACAUGGUAAAAAUUAAUUCAGGGUUGUUUUAUAACUAAGUUAUGUGCCCAUUCAUUGCUGCAAUGCAUUGAAUACAGUAGACUGUAACUGGAAACCCUUGACUCGUAGCACUGAACAUGUCUUUGUUGGUUUUGAUUUUAAGGAAAUGAGUCAGAAAAUGUGCUGAAAGGUGAUGCUCUGUUUCAACCUUUUCUCUGUAACUGUUGUGUCGCCACUGUACAGUGUCAAAAAAGCCAAUUCCUCCCAACAUUGUUCUCCAUGUUCUCUUUUCUAAUGUUGUGUUUCUUAUCUGUAUGUGACUAUAUUAGAAGGAAUUGCAAACAGUAAUAUGGAUCAUCUGAAUUCCAGUACUGCAGGCACAAUCUGCAGGUAGUGGUUUUACAGGUGUGGUCUUACUGCAAACAUUUCCUCCCUCUCUUUCCCAUGAGUUGAUUUCCAGAUGACAUCACGAAAUAUCAGCCAUGUUUUUGCUCUGACUCCUGUUCAAUACAUUUUCUGCCCUUUCCUCUCUGUGGCAAGUGCAAAGCUACUUCUGUGCUUCCAGAGCUGAGCUAUGUUACCAGUGGCAUGUCUGUGCAGCAUCAGCUCCACAUACAAUUGUAAGGGUAAGCUGAUUUCCCAUCCAGAGGUUCCUCUUACUGCUAAAAUAAAUUCUGGUAUAAAUUUUAGUACUGGUUAUUGUUCAGUGUGAGCUGAAAAUAGAAGGACGGAUUCAGUGUUUGAUAUUUUGCAUGGAGAUUUCUUUUCCAAAUAACUUUUUCCCAAACAAUGCUGAACUAAUUACUAAUUUUGUUUCUUCUCACAGCUCCUUUAUCAUGUAGGCCUUUUCUCAGAUUCUGUGUAAACAAAACUGAAAAUCAAUGGCUUUUCACCACUGAGUGUAACACACAUUUCAUAGAUCCCACAUCAUCAGGCAGCUUACAAUGAAGUUGUGAGUCUGUGUUUCAGUUGAAAGACAACAUUUAGAAGGUUUCAGAUAUAUUUGGAUCAUCUUACUCUGCUUGUUGAUUGGUGUUACCAGGGUGAUCUUUUUGUAGGAUGACAGCUGCACCCAGCUAUCUACUGUAAUAAUGAAUAAACUGUUCCAGUACUCCUUACAGUCAGUACUGUGAGAGCUGAGGGAAGUUUUACAAGGAUGUUCCCAAAAUAUUUUGGAGGAGAUGGAGUUCUGUAUGAUAUAAAAAGAAUACUUGGAUACUGGAAACCUAAUAUGCAGCUAAAGCUGUACCAUUCACAGUUGCAUUCCGUGAAGCCUGCUGAGCAGGGGGUAUGUCCUGAAGCACACAGAGAUAUUUGGGACAAUAUAACAACCUGAGUAAUGCACAGUGCAGGGAACUCUUGCCAUUCAUGCAGGAAUGAACUUAAAUAAGCUUUACCAUAAAAUGUCCCUGGUUUACUUGGAAAACACAAAUGCAGGUAACACCUAUUAUGACAGCUGGUAAUCACAAAGGAUGCUUUGUGAUUCAACUUAGUAAGAGGAACAAAGGACUCUAUUUAGUAAAUUCUUUCAGUAAUCUUAAAUAAAGAAACAAAUACUUUGACACCACAAGUGUAGAACAUGGACAGACAGUAUAUAGACAAGGAAGAUUUUCUUCCUCUCAUGGAGGCACAAGCUUAAAACUAAUUAAACCUGUAUGUCCUUCUCUUCCCCUCAGUCUAUCUGCAUGUGCUCACCAGUUGGGAGUGAAAUAACAUUAAUUCACUUUUAUUUUGAUUCCUGUAUGGGUAAUCCCUUUCUCAGAAUCCAGCAUAAAGCAGUUGCAGAGCUAUGUCUUUUCAUGUAUCUGUCUUCUGUUUGGAUUCACAAUAGCUCCAUCUAACUAGUUUUCUUACAGAAUUCUACUAAUUCUCUGUCAGCAUUAGAGAGACAAUACACAGAGUGUGAAUCUGGUCUUGCAUAUUGUGCACAAAGUUCUCUACUGAGCUGCACUAACACAGUGCUGCACUCCACACCAGGGCAAGGAAUUGACCUGAGGAGAUUGGAUGCCUAGCAUGUAAUGCUACUCCCUUUGAGAACAAGAUAGUUAUCUGA